AUGCGUCUCUGGCAGAGUUUUGCAGGGCCCAGGAGGCCUCGGGGCCUGCUGCAAACAGACCCCAGCGGGUUCUGAGCUGAGCUGUGGGUGGAGAAGACCUGCACCCGCUACCCCGCCCGGGCUUCGCAGGGACAGCCAACCCAUGCCUCACCCUGAGCCCCGGCGCCCACGGUCCAGCCAGUCCUCCUAUGUAGGACAGACAGUUCCCAAAGAUCCACAGGGCAGGAGAGAUGACGGAUUCCAGAGGGCCACCGCAGCGGGGGCUGUGCUUUCUCUCCACGCUGCUUUCGCAGAAGGUCCCCGAGAAGUCGGACACGGUGCUUCGCUGCAUGAUCUCUGGUCAGCCCAAACCAGAGGUAACCUGGUAUAAGAAUGGUCAAACCAUAGAAGAGUGCGGUAUUAUUUCCAGUUAUGAGUUCUUCCAGAAUCAGUAUAUUCAUAUGUUACAUCUCUACUGCUGCACCCAGGACGACGCUGCCGUCUACCAGGUCUCUGCCAGGAACGGGCAGGGCAUGAUCUGCUGCUCUGCCUCCCUAGAAGUCGAGCGCCCGACCACCCUGCCGGACCCUGGGGCCCCAGAGACCAGGCCGGUGGACUGCGAGAAGGCCCCUCCUAACGAGGCCCAAGCCAGGACCUCCUGGGCCGCCCCCGGGUCAGCUGACCCCCCCUCCUCCCAGAGCCAUGGCUUAGCCUGGGGCCAGUCGCUGGCCAACGGUGACCUCAGCGCAUCCAGUACUGACCAUCCCCGCGGCGCGGAGGCCACCAGGCAGACGGAGGAGCUGGUCCACGGGCAGCUCCGGCCAGAGUCCAGUCCUGCCUCUGUGGCCCAAGAUGGGCAUCGCCCCUCAGGCUCUGCACCUCGGCCCAUCUCCGGGGUCCAGGAGAAGGAGGCCUUGAGCCAUGCUGGCCCCAGCCAUGCCGCCUUCAGCGCUGCUCCUCCAAACCCCAGAGCCGAAAAGUACAUUAGCUUCAGUCUCCCGCUGCCACCACCCCCGCCGGUGACAGCUGAGUCGGGGACCCUGGGCCAGCCAGCAGCCUGCUCCAAGCACCCCAGCCCUCGGCUCCCCAGCGAGGACUCCGACAGCGACUAUGAACUUUGCCCGGAGAUAACCUUCACCUACACGGAGAAGUUUUCAGAUGAUGACCUGGAGUAUCUGGAAUGUUCCGAUGUGAUGACGGAUUACUCUAAUGCCAUUUGGCAACGGAGUCUGCAAGGGGCCGAGCGGGUUUUUUUAUUAGAAAGCGAUGACGAAGAGCCGGAAUUCAGCGAGCGGGGCCUGGAGGGAU